AAAGCAAGAUCAACAACGUUCUCGUCGCUCAAUGGGGACUCCUCCAAAUAUCCAGAGAGAUGCAGAUGCUGCUCCAUCAUCAUCACAAUUGCCUCAAGAACAAUUCUCUGAUACUCCUGAUUUUGGUGAUGUCCCACUGCCAAAUUUUCCCCCAGCCGUUUUUUGGAACGAGCUUUUGACUGCUUUGGCUGAGAUUAAUAGCCAUUUGGUUCAGAUUAAUAGCAAAUUGGGUCAGAUUAACAGUAAUGCCGAUCAGAUUUUUACACUACUGAUUGCUGGACAUGAACUUGAACCACCACCCUCCAAGAGACAGCGAGUUGAGAAGGAGCAAGUGGGAGAGGGCAAUGAGCCAGCAACGAACCUGCAGGAUAAGAAGCUAAAACCGCCACAAUAA